UUCUUGCUUUGCAGGAGACAGAGAAGAGGAAAAGUCUUACCCAGCCUUCAGCACCCCUCUACCCUGUCCUACAGGGGAGUACUGAAGAAGAAUUAAUUUUUCCUCCCCCGUAUAACCCCUCUAGGAUGCCGGAAGAACACCAUCCUCCCCCUCCAAGGGAGGCAGACGCUGUUCAGAGAGUGGGAGGUGGAAACGCUCCAGGGGGAAGCCCGCCCUUUACCAGACAAAGGGCUCAGAGGGAGCAAUCCGCCUCCGCCGCCGACUCCACUAUUCUGCCCCUGCGAGCCACCGGACCCCCGGACGCGGAGGUGAAUCAGUCCCAUCACUAUUGGCCUUUCGCCACUAGUGACCUCUACAAUUGGAAAGCUCAGAAUCCUAAGUUUUCCGAGAAACUGGCAGGGCUUAUUGAUUUAUUAGACUCUGUUCUUUUUACCCAUCAGCCCACGUGGGAUGAUUGCCAGCAGCUUUUGCAGGUCCUGUUCACGACUGAAGAAAGAGAAAGAAUCCUCAGUGGGGCCCGAAAACUAGUUCCAGGCACAGACGGGAAUCCCACCACCAACCAGGCUCAGAUAGAUGCCUCCUUCCCCUUAACUCGGCCCCAGUGGGAUUUCAACACGGCAGAAGGUAAGGAGAGGCUCUGGAUCUACCGCCAGACUCUAAUGGGGGGUCUCCAAAUGGCUGCUAGAAAGCCAACCAAUUUGGCCAAGGUAGGAAAUGUACAACAGGGAAAAGAUGAAUCUCCGGCUGCCUUUUUAGAACGGAUCAUGGAGGCAUUCCGUACCUAUACCCCCAUGGAUCCAGAGGCUCUGGAAAGCAAGGCAGCUGUUAUCAUGGCCUUUGUAAACCAAUCGGCCAAAGACAUUAGGAGAAAAUUACAAAAAAUAGAUAGACUAGGAGAAAAAAGUCUGCAAGACUUACUGGUGGUAGCCAAAAAGGUAUAUAAUAACUGGGAGCCUCCUGAGGACAAGCAGGCUUGCGCCAUGGCGGCUGCCAGCAGUAAGCAGACUCGAGACCUGGCCAGAAUACUACUAGCUACCACUGCUGACUUCCCCGAGGAACGAGACCGCCGUCUCCGGCAGCUGGCAGACGACGCAAGAAAAGGACGGGACUUACUGACCAAGAUUGGAGCUCAGAUAACUUUCAGACAAGGGGGGCCUCAGGUCACUGAUGGCAAGGGCCACCCCAUCCAGGUCCUGACCAUAAAACUGGAGGAUGAAUACCGCCUCCACCAGGAGGCGCUCCCGAGAGAGGAUAAUAUAGACAGAUGGCUACAAGAAUUCCCUUCGGUUUGGGCAGAGACAGGGGGGAUGGGACUAGCCACUCAUAGGACCCCAGUCCUGGUAGAGCUCAAGCCAGGAGAGAGUCCAGUAAGGAUCAAACAAUACCCCAUGUCUCAGGAGGCCCGGAAGGGGAUCCAGCCACACAUCCGGAGACUACGAAGCCUAGGGGUACUAGUUCCUUGCCAGUCUGCCUGGAACACCCCCUUACUGCCGGUCAAAAAGCCUCACACAAAUGACUACCGACCGGUACAAGACCUCCAGGAAGUAAAUAAGAGGGUCGCGGACAUACACCCAACUGUUCCCAACCCAUAUACUCUCUUGAGCUCCUUGGCGCCCUCCAGGGUCUGGUAUACUGUACUAGAUUUAAAGGACGCCUUCUUCAGUCUGCCAUUGGCACCCCAGAGCCAACCCUUGUUCGCCUUUGAGUGGCAUGAUCCGGAGGAGGGCUACAGUGGGCAACUCACCUGGACACGGCUACCUCAGGGAUUCAAAAAUUCACCCACCAUCUUUGACGAGGCACUACACAAGGACCUGGUAUUUACAGACACCUUCUCUGGCUGGGUGGAGGCAUACCCAACCAAGCAUGAAACGGCUCAGACGGUGGCUAAGAAGCUACUAGAAGACAUCUUACCCAGCGGGCUCCAGAGGGCGCACGAGGACAUUUGGCCGCGCCUCCGUGCCAUCUACAAGGCUGACCCGAUCCCGACACCUCAUCAGUACAGGCCGGGAGACUGGGCCUAUGUCAAGAGGCACCACCGAGAGACUCUGGAGCCGCGCUGGAAGGGACCCUACAUCGUGGUGUUGACAAGCCCCACCACUCUCAAGGUAGACGGCAUCGCGACCUGGGUCCAUCACACCCACGCUCAGCCAGCGGACCCCUCCUCGAUCCGGAAGGACGUUGUCACGCGAUGGGCCAUCAGUCGGGACCAACACAACCCGCUCAAGCUCAAGCUACAGCGCAUUCGACCCACCUAAUAUUGGUAACUCUGUUAACUCUGCUUGUCAUUGCUCAUGCUGCCGGGAGUCCCCACGCCCCCCAAAACAUCACCUGGCAGAUCAUAGACACCAGCUCGGGGACAAUACUUAAUCAGACGUCCCAGAGCCACCCCAGGGACACUUGGUUCCCAGAACUUUGCGUAAACCGCCAAACUCUGUUCCCUUUGUCACCAUAAAUGCAGCCGGUCCCAUGAUUGGGUCCCUAAGCUACAUGACAAGGGGGGAAUGAAAGGGCGGGCCUAUGCCGGCUGACUCCAUCUUGUUCUGUGUCCUUCACCUUGACCACACCUCCUCCCCUUGAGUAACCCCCCCCUCACCUGCCUAACAGGACUCGGACCCUUCCCCAGCCAAUCGGCUGAGGCCAUAGCCAUUACCUCACCAACUGCCCCUAGGCCCCAAUAAAACCUUUGUCCUUUUGAAACUCGCUCUCUUUCCCUGGUAUCCCACCACUGUGUCGGUGCAGGUAGGGGAUUGAGCUCGAGCUAGCUCGAAUAAAGGCUCUUUGCUUUUG